CCCUUCUGUCCCCCUGCCCCUUCCUCAUCCUCUGGCCUCUACUUUCUUGGAGGCGUCAAUCCCUGGGGAAGCACUGGAAGUGACUUUUCCCGCAGGUUGCAAAGGGAUCCAAACUUGGUGACAACUUGCCUCCUGAGGUCGUCUCUCUCUCUCCGACUCAAGAUGCUCCGGGGUCCGGGCCCCGGGCUGCUGCUGCUGCUGCUGCUGGCCGUCCUGUGCCUGGGGACAGCGGUGCCCUCCACCCGAGCCUCCAAGAGCAAGAGGCAGGCUCAGGAAAUCAUUCAGCCGCAGACCCCAGUGGCUGCCAGUCAAAGCAAGCUUGGUUGUUAUGACAAUGGGAGACACUAUCAGAUAAACCAACAAUGGGAACGCAACCUACUUGGGCAAUGCCUGGUUUGUACCUGUUAUGGAGGGAGCCGAGGUUUUAACUGUGAGCGUAAACCUGAACCUGAAGAGACUUGCUUUGACAAAUACACUGGGAAUACUUAUCGGGUCGGUGACACUUCCGAGCGCCAAGACGCCAUGAUCUGGGACUGUACCUGCAUCCGGGGUGCGGCGAGGGAGGAAGAGAAUAAGCUUGUACCAUCGCCAAACCGCUGUCAUGAAGGGGGUCAGUCUUAUAAGAUUGGUGACACCUGGAGGAGACCACAUGAGACUGGAGGUUACAUGUUAGAGUGUGUGUGUCUUGGUAACGGGAAAGGAGAGUGGACCUGCAAGCCCAUAGCUGAGAAAUGUUUUGAUAACGCUGCUGGGACGUCCUAUGUUGUUGGGGAAACCUGGGAAAAGCCCUAUCAAGGCUGGAUGAUGGUGGAUUGUACUUGUCUGGGGGAAGGCAGCGGACGCAUCACGUGUACCUCUAGAAACAGAUGCAAUGACCAGGACACCAGGACGUCCUAUAGAAUCGGAGACACCUGGAGCAAGAAGGAUAAUCGCGGUAACCUGCUCCAGUGCAUCUGCACAGGCAAUGGCAGAGGGGAAUGGAAGUGUGAGAGGCACACGUCUCUGCAGACCACGUCCGCUGGAUCUGGCUCCUUCGCAGAUGUUCAAACAGCCGUCUACCAGCCCCAGCCUCACCCCCAGCCCGCCCCGUAUGGCCACUGCAUCACAGAUAGUGGUGUGGUUUACUCUGUGGAUAUGCAGUGGCUGAAGACACAAGGAAAUAAGAAAAUGCUUUGCACUUGCCUGGGCAAUGGAGUUAGCUGCCAAGAGACAGCUGUAACCCAGACUUACGGUGGCAAUGCAAACGGGGAGCCGUGUGUCUUACCUUUCACCUACAAUGGCAGGACUUUCUACUCCUGCACCACAGAAGGGCGUCAGGACGGGCAUCUCUGGUGUAGCACGACUUCGAAUUAUGAGCAAGACCAAAAAUAUUCUUUCUGUACAGACCAUACUGUUUUGGUUCAGACCCGAGGUGGAAAUUCCAAUGGUGCCUUGUGCCACUUCCCUUUCCUAUAUAACAACCGCAACUACACCGACUGUACUUCUGAGGGCCGGAGAGAUAACAUGAAAUGGUGUGGAACCACACGGAACUAUGAUGCUGACCAGAAGUUUGGAUUCUGUCCCAUGGCUGCCCACGAGGAAAUCUGCACAACCAGCGAAGGGGUCAUGUAUCGCGUUGGAGACCAGUGGGAUAAACAACAUGAUAUGGGCCACAUGAUGAGAUGCACAUGUGUUGGGAAUGGUCGUGGGGAAUGGACUUGUGUUGCCUACUCCCAGCUCCGAGAUCAGUGUAUUGUCGAUGACAUCACUUACAAUGUGAACGACACAUUCCACAAGCGUCAUGAAGAAGGACACAUGCUGAACUGUACUUGCUUUGGUCAGGGACGGGGCAGAUGGAAAUGCGAUCCUGUUGACCAAUGUCAGGAUUCGGAGACCCGGACAUUUUAUCAGAUUGGAGACUCGUGGGAGAAGUAUGUGCACGGUGUCAGGUACCAGUGCUACUGCUAUGGCCGCGGCAUCGGGGAAUGGCAUUGCCAGCCUUUGCAGACCUACCCAGGGACAACUGGUCCUGUCCAAGUAAUCAUCACCGAGGGCCCCAGCCAGCCCAACUCUCACCCCAUCCAGUGGAAUGCACCCGAACCAUCUCACAUUUCCAAGUAUAUUCUCAGAUGGAAACCUAAAAACACUCCAGGCCGUUGGAAGGAAGCUACCAUUCCGGGCCACUUAAACUCAUACACCAUCAAAGGCCUGACACCAGGCGUGAUAUAUGAGGGGCAGCUCAUCAGCGUCCAGCACUACGGCCACAGAGAGGUGACGCGCUUUGACUUCACCACCACCAGCACGAGCACGCCAGUGACCAGCAACACCGUGACGGGAGAGACGACACCCCUUUCUCCUGUGGUGGCCACUUCUGAAUCUGUGACAGAAAUCACGGCCAGCAGCUUUGUGGUCUCGUGGGUCUCGGCCUCAGACACUUUGUCAGGAUUCCGGGUGGAAUAUGAGCUGAGCGAGGAGGGCGAUGAGCCGCAGUACCUUGAUCUUCCAAGCACGGCCACUUCUGUGAACAUCCCUGACCUGCUUCCAGGCCGAAAAUACAUCGUAAAUGUCUAUCAGAUAUCUGAAGAAGGGGAACAGAGUUUGAUCCUGUCUACUUCACAGACAACAGCACCUGAUGCCCCCCCUGACCCCACCGUGGACCAAGUUGAUGACACGUCGAUUGUGGUUAGCUGGAGCAGGCCGCAGGCGCCCAUCACAGGCUACAAGAUUGUCUAUUCACCGUCACUUGAAGGUGGUAGCACAGAACUCAACCUUCCUGAAACUGCCAAUUCUGUCACCCUCAGUGAUUUGCAACCUGGUGUUCAAUAUAACAUCACUAUUUAUGCUGUGGAAGAAAACCAAGAAAGUACUCCUGUUUUCAUCCAGCAGGAAACCACUGGUGUCCCACGUUCAGAUACAGUCCCCCCACCCACAGACCUGCAGUUUGUGGAGGUGACGGACGUGAAGGUCACCAUCAUGUGGACACCCCCUGAGAGUGCAGUGACCGGUUACCGCGUGGACGUCAUCCCCGUCAACCUGCCCGGGGAACACGGGCAGAGGCUGCCCAUCAGCAGGAACACCUUUGCGGAGGUCACCGGGCUGUCCCCCGGGGUCACCUAUUACUUCAAGGUCUUCGCGGUGAACCACGGGCGGGAGAGCAAGCCCCUGAAGGCGGAACAGACCACCAAACUGGAUGCUCCCACUAACCUCCGGUUUACCAAUGAAACCGAUUCGACAGUCGUGGUGACAUGGACCCCACCUCGGGCCCGGAUAACACGGUACCAGCUGACUGUGAGCCUGACCCGGGGAGGACACCCCAAGCAGUACAAUGUGGGGCCCCCUGCCACCCACUACCUCCUGAGGAAUCUGCAGCCUGGGUCCGAGUACACUGUCACCCUCGAGGCUGUAAAAGGCAACCAGCGGAGCCCCAAAGCCACUGGAGUCUUUACCACACUGCAGCCUCUGGGCUCCAUCCCCCCUUACAAUACAGAGGUGACUGAGACGUCUAUUGUGAUUACUUGGACGCCCGCCCCCAGGAUUGGUUUUAAGCUGGGUGUACGACCAAGCCAGGGAGGGGAAGCACCACGAGAAGUGACUUCGGACUCCGGAAGCAUCGUUGUGUCUGGCUUGACUCCAGGAGUAGAAUACGUCUACUCCAUCUCAGUCUUGAGAGAUGGGAAAGAAAGAGGCGCACCAAUUGUACACAAAGUGGUGACACCAUUGUCCCCACCAACGAACUUGCACCUGGAGACAAACCCUGACACAGGAGUGCUCACUGUCUCCUGGGAGAGGAGCACUACCCCAGAUAUCACUGGUUACAGAAUUACCACAACCCCUACCAAUGACCAGGAGGGAUAUUCUUUGGAAGAAGUGGUCCAUGCCGAUCAGAGUUCCUGCACUUUUGAAAACCUGAGUCCUGGUCUGGAAUACAAUGUCAGUGUCUACACUGUCAAGGAUGACAAGGAAAGUGUCCCUAUCUCUGAUACCAUUGUCCCAGAGGUGCCCCAACUCACUGACCUAAGCUUUGUUGAUAUAACCGAUUCAAGCAUCGGCCUGAGGUGGACCCCGCUAAACUCUUCCACCAUUAUUGGGUACCGCAUCACAGUAGUUGCAGCAGGAGAAGGUAUCCCUAUUUUUGAAGAUUUUGUGGACUCCUCGGUAGGAUACUACACAGUUACAGGGCUGGAGCCGGGCAUUGACUAUGACAUCAGCGUUAUCACUCUCAUUAAUGGCGGAGAGAGUGCCCCUACCACACUGACACAGCAAACGGCUGUCCCUCCUCCCACUGACCUGAGAUUCACCAACAUUGGCCCAGACACGAUGCGUGUCACCUGGGCUCCACCUCCAUCCAUUGAGCUGACCAACUUCCUGGUGCGCUACUCACCUGUGAAAAAUGAGGAAGAUGUCGCGGAGUUGUCCAUUUCUCCUUCAGACAACGCGGUGGUCUUAUCAAAUCUCCUGCCUGGUACAGAAUAUUUAGUCAGUGUCUCCAGUGUCUACGAACAACAUGAGAGCAUACCUCUUAGAGGAAGACAGAAGACAGGUCUUGAUUCCCCAACUGGCAUCGAUUUCUCUGAUAUCACUGCCAACUCUUUCAUUGUCUAUUGGAUUGCUCCUCGAGCCACUGUCUCUGGCUACAUAAUUCGCCAUCAUCCUGAGCACAGUUCUGGAAGACCUCGAGAAGAUCGCGUGCCCCCCUCUCGGAAUUCCAUCACCCUCACCAACCUCAACCCAGGGACAGAGUACGUGGUUAGCAUCAUUGCUGUCAAUGGCAGAGAGGAAAGUCUCCCCUUGGUUGGCCAACAGUCAACAGUGUCUGAUGUCCCGAGGGACCUGCAAGUUGUCGCUGCAACUCCCACCAGCUUAUUGAUCAGCUGGGAAGCUCCUGCUGUCACAGUGAGGUAUUACAGGAUCACCUAUGGAGAAACUGGAGGAAGUAGCCCUGUCCAGGAGUUCACUGUGCCUGGGAGCAAGUCCACAGCUACUAUAACCGGCCUUAAACCUGGAAUUGAUUACACCAUCACCCUGCAUGCUGUCACUGGCCGCGGGGACAGCCCAGCAAGCAGCAAGCCGGUUUCCAUUGAUUACCGAACAGAAAUUGACAAACCAUCGCAGAUGCAAGUGACUGACGUCCAGGACAACAGCAUUAGUGUCAGGUGGCUGCCUUCCAGUUCCCCUGUUACCGGUUACCGAGUGACCACCACUCCCAAAAAUGGCCCAGGACCAUCAAAAACUAAAACUGCAGGUCCAGAUCAAACAGAAAUGACCAUCGAAGGCUUGCAGCCCACAGUGGAGUAUGUGGUUAGUGUCUAUGCCCAGAACGGAAAUGGAGAGAGUCAGCCUCUGGUUCAGACUGCAGUGACCAACAUUGAUCGCCCUAAAGGACUGGCAUUCACUGAUGUGGAUGUCGAUUCCAUCAAAAUUGCUUGGGAAAGCCCACAGGGGCAAGUUUCCAGGUACAGGGUGACCUACUCGAGCCCUGAGGAUGGAAUCCAUGAGCUAUUCCCUGCACCUGAUGGUGAAGAAGACACUGCAGAGCUACAAGGCCUCAGGCCGGGUUCUGAGUACACAGUCAGUGUGGUUGCCUUGCACGAUGAUAUGGAGAGCCAGCCCCUGAUUGGAACCCAGUCCACAGCCAUACCUGCACCAACCAACCUGCAGUUCACUCAGGUUACGCCAACAAGCCUUACUGCCCAGUGGACGGCACCCAAUGUUCAGCUCACUGGAUAUCGAGUAAGGGUGACCCCCAAGGAGAAGACGGGACCGAUGAAAGAAAUCAACCUUGCUCCUGACAGCUCAUCUGUGGUGGUAUCAGGACUAAUGGUGGCCACCAAAUAUGAAGUGAGCGUGUAUGCUCUUAAGGACACACUGACCAGCAGACCGGCGCAGGGGGUCGUCACUACUCUGGAGAACGUCAGCCCUCCAAGAAGAGCCCGUGUGACGGAUGCUACGGAGACAACCAUCACUAUUAGCUGGCGAACCAAGACCGAGACCAUCACUGGCUUCCAAGUUGAUGCCAUCCCAGCAAAUGGCCAGACUCCAAUUCAGAGAACCAUCAGGCCAGAUGUCAGAAGCUACACCAUCACAGGUUUGCAACCAGGCACCGACUACAAGAUCCACCUGUACACUCUGAAUGACAACGCACGGAGCUCCCCUGUGAUCAUCGAUGCCUCCACAGCCAUCGAUGCACCAUCCAACCUGCAUUUCCUGGCCACCACACCCAACUCCCUGCUGGUCUCCUGGCAGCCACCCCGUGCCAAGAUCACCGGCUACAUCAUCAAGUAUGAGAAGCCUGGAUCCCCUCCCAGAGAAGUGGUCCCUCGGCCUCGCCCCGGUGUCACGGAGGCUACAAUUACAGGUCUGGAACCAGGUACCGAGUACACAAUCUACGUCAUCGCCCUAAAGAACAACCAGAAGAGUGAGCCACUGAUAGGGAGGAAAAAGACAGAUGAGCUUCCCCAACUGGUAACCCUUCCACACCCCAAUCUUCACGGACCAGAGAUCUUGGAUGUUCCCUCCACAGUUCAAAAGACCCCUUUCAUCACCAGUCCCGGGUAUGACAAUGGACACGGUAUUCAGCUUCCUGGCACUUCCGGUCAGCAGCCUAGUGUUGGGCAACAAAUGAUCUUUGAGGAGCAUGGUUUUAGACGGACCACACCACCCACCAUGGCCACCCCUGUCAGGCAUAGGCCAAGACCAUACCUGCCGAAUGUAGAUGAGGAGAUCCAAAUUGGUCAUGUCCCCAGAGGGGACCUAGACUACCACCUCUACCCUCACGUUCCAGGAGUCAAUCCAAAUGCUUCUACGGGACAAGAAGCUCUCUCUCAGACAACCAUCUCUUGGACGCCAUUCCAGGAAAGUUCUGAGUAUAUUAUUUCAUGUCAUCCAGUUGGCACUGAUGAAGAACCCUUGCAGUUCCGAGUUCCUGGAACUUCUGCUAGUGCCACUCUGACGGGCCUUACCAGAGGGGCCACCUACAACAUCAUAGUGGAGGCCCUAAAAGACCACCGAAGGCACAAGGUUCGGGAGGAGGUGGUUACCGUGGGCAGCUCUGGUUUGAACCAACCUACAGAUGACUCGUGCUUUGACCCUUACACCGUUUCCCAUUAUGCCGUUGGAGAAGAGUGGGAGCGACUUUCUGAAUCUGGCUUUAAACUCUCGUGCCAGUGCUUGGGCUUUGGCAGUGGUCAUUUCAGAUGUGAUUCAUCUAAAUGGUGCCAUGACAAUGGUGUCAACUAUAAAAUCGGAGAGAAGUGGGAUCAUCAAGGAGAAAAUGGCCAGAUGAUGAGCUGCACAUGUCUCGGAAACGGAAAAGGAGAAUUCAAGUGUGACCCUCAUGAGAAGAUGUGUUAUGACGAUGGGAAGACAUACCAUGUAGGAGAGCAGUGGCAGAAGGAAUACCUUGGGGCCAUUUGCUCCUGCACAUGCUUUGGAGGCCAGCAGGGCUGGCGCUGUGACAACUGCCGCAGGCCAGGAGGCGAACCCAGCCCGGAAGGCUCCACCGGCCACUCCUACAACCAGUAUUCGCAGAGGCACCAUCAGAGAACCAACACAAAUGUCAAUUGCCCGAUUGAGUGCUUCAUGCCGUUAGAUGUACAGGCUGACAGAGGAGAUUCCCGAGAAUAAUAUUUCCAUCCCAGAGGAACAAACAUGUGUCUCUGCCAAGAUCCAUCUAAAACUGGAGUGAUGUUAGCAGACCCCAUCUUAGAGUGUUUGUUUCGUUCUUAAGCCCUUUGCUCUGGAGUAACUUCUCCAGCUUCAGCUCAACUCACAGCUUCUCCAAGCAUCACCUUGGGAGUGUUUUGAGACUUUUCUUAUAAAGGAGGGCAACACAUUGCCUGUUCUGCUCCAAAGUAUUCAGUACCAUUCAGUAUUCUAGAUGAAAUGUUUCUAAUUUGUGAUUUGGUUUCAAAUCAAUAGGGAAGUAUAUGCAGCCAACCAAGAUGCCAAAUAUAUUGAAAUGAUAUUACUAAAAUUUUAAGUAGGAAAGUUACCCAAACACUUCUGCUUUCACUUAACUGUCUGGCCCGCAAUAACAUAGGAACAGCUUGUCCUUGUUACUGUGAUAUUUAAAAUAUCCACAGUAUCAUUUUUUUCUGAAUGAUUCUAGCAAAUGCCUAGAAUUAUCUUUCUCUUAUCUGUUAUUUAUCAAUUUUUCCCAGUAUUUUUAUAUUGAAAAAAUUGAAGACAUUUAGUAUGCAGUUGAUAAGAGGAAAUUGGUAUAAUUAGGGUUGGUGAUUAUUUUUAUACUGUAUGUGCCAAAGCUUUACUACUGUGGAAAGACAACUGUUUUAAUAAAAGAUUUACAUUCCACAACUUCAAA